GUUUCUUCUUCUUCUUCUUCUUCUUCAUCAUCAUCAUCAUCAUCUCCAUUUUUCUGAAUUCUCCAUCUACAGAGAAAUAAAAGAAAACCAAGUUCUCUCUUUCUCUUCUCUUCUCUUCUCGCAACUCCUUAAACCUAACCCCAUGCCCUCGCCUUCCAUAGCUUCCACUUCCAUUACCUUCACUUUCCAAGGUCCACACUAGUUCUGCCAAGGUUAAGGCACCAAGAUCUGUAUCUUCUUCCCCCUCUAUGAUCGCCUCCGGCACCGACAUCGCCCCCUCCUUCGGCGUCGGCGGCGGCCUCUUCUCCCAGAUGAUGGCGGUGGCACGCCCCAAUGCAGCCGUCGCGGUCACCGCCUUGGCCGGCUUCGCUGUGGUCGUCGUUCUCUUCUACUCUGCCAGUAGGUAAAGCCCAAUACACAAAUCUCUCUUCUUCCCCACAAUUUCCAACCAAAAGAUUUCAUUUCCAUUUUCCUCCACUAGUCAAUUUUCCGUAGAUGAGAGCUCUUAAACGAACUCCAACUUCCUCUUCUCCGGAUCCGAAUUCCAAUUCUCCUCCCUCUUCCUCAUCUUCCUCAUCCUCAGCCUCUUCCUCAUGGGUUCAUUUGCGUUCGGUUCUAUUCGUUGUCACUUCCUCUUCACCGGCUUCUUCUUCCUCCUCCUCCUCUGAUCGGGGACGCCUUAAAUCACCUUGGUCACGCAAGAAAAGGAAGCACGCACUUUCACCGCAACAAUGGAGGGGUUUGUUUACACCAGAUGGGAAACUUAGAGAUGGUGGCAUUAAGUUUUUGAAGAAAGUUCGCAGUGGAGGUGUAGAUCCAAGUAUUAGAGCAGAGGUCUGGCCGUUCCUUCUUGGAUUCUAUGACUUGAGCAGUUCUGAAGAAGAAAGAGAUGCCGUAAGAGUACAGAAGAGGAAAGAAUAUGAAAGACUUCGCAAACAAUGCCGAUCUUUACUGAAGUUUGGGGCUGAGAGUAUAAAGUUGGAUGAUGAUGAGAUGAACUGCAACAAGGAAGGGGGCAAUCAGCAUGUUGCUCAUGGUGAUGACUCUCCUACUUUGGAAGAUGUGGUUAGUGCUAGAGAAUCUAUUUAUAGUGACGAAAAGGCCUCAAACUUUAGAUACUUGGAUGGAACCUCGGGGGUUUUGUUGGAAGAGGAUGACAGCUCUAGACGGAUGACAAGUGUCGAUGCUGAUGCUUCCGUUCUAAAUACUGAAUCAUCUGAUUCAGAUUCUUCUGAGGACCCUGAAGUUAGUCAAACAUUCCCUUCCUCUGAUGGUAGAGAGGACAAUGAUCCUGAGUUCACUUCCAACAAUUCAUCUCCCUUGGUAACAGAGGUUACAUCCAAAUUUCGCUGUAAUGAAGACUUUACAACAUGGCAGCGGAUCAUCCGCCUUGAUGCAGUACGUGCAAAUGCAGAAUGGAUAGCCUACGCACCAUCCCUAGCAGCAGUAUCAGAUGAUGAGGCUAGACAUUGUGCCGAGGUUGUUGGUUUGAAAGAUUACGAUCACCUAGAGUCCUGUAGAAUCUUUCACGCUGCUAGAUUAGUGACUAUUCUUGAAGCAUAUGCUCUAUAUGAUCCUGAAAUUGGGUAUUGCCAAGGAAUGAGUGAUCUGCUUUCUCCUAUAAUCACGGUGAUAACUGAAGAUCAUGAGGCAUUCUGGUGCUUUGUAGGCUUCAUGCGGAAAGCUCGGCAUAACUUUAGGCUUGAUGAGGUUGGAAUUCGAAAGCAACUGAACAUUGUAUCUAGAAUCAUCAAAUUCAAGGACUCCCACCUUUACAGACACCUGCAAGACCUCGAAGCAGAGGAUUGCUUUUUCGUUUAUAGGAUGGUUGUGGUACUGUUUAGAAGGGAAUUAACAUUUGAACAGACGCUGUGCCUUUGGGAGGUGAUGUGGGCUGAUCAGGCAGCUAUUAGAGCUGGUGUAGGUAAAUCAGCUUGGAGCAGAAUUAGGCAGCGAGCCCCACCCACGGAGGAUCUGCUGCUCUAUGCAAUAGCUGCCUCAGUAUUGCAGAAGAGGAAAUUGAUUAUAGAGAAAUACAACAGCAUGGACGAAAUUAUAAGGGAAUGCAACAGCAUGGCUGGGCAACUCGAUGUAUGGAAACUAUUAGACGAUGCUCAUGAUUUAGUGGUCACCCUCCAUGAGAAGAUUGAAACUUCGUUUGACGAGUAAAUGCUCGAUCAUGUUGGGUUGCUAAUUUACAUGCCAUUCUUCUGCCUGGAUCCGUAUCUCUAGGCUUCUGCUCCGAGAAAGCACAUCCCUUUGCUUAUUCGAGGGGGUAGCAGGCGGCAGGAUGUUUCUUUUGCUCACUUUCUUAAUAGCUCACUGAAGCUCAAUGAAGUUGUACUGACAGAUUUUAAUGAUGAAUCACUAUAUAAUUGGCAUUAUAUUGCAUCCUCACCCUUCAUCUAUUUCACAGUGGCUGCCGUAACAUCAGUAAACGGGAGUAGUGUAUUGGGAUGCACCAGUCAAAUGAAUUUUGAAUACUAGAAAAUAUCUGGUUCUUGGUGUAUCUUUUAGCUGGAGUAAUAAUCAUAACUUCCGUUCUCGAU